AACAUUGUCAGUCUGCUUUCCUCAACAAACAGCUUACGUGUAAUUAAAAGGGAUUACACUUGGAAGGGGGAAACCAGCCUUUAAUCCCCUGAGAAGGACACAGCAGCCUGAGCUGGAGGUGAUCUGAGCAGCCUUUCUGUGCACUGCUGUCCGUACCUCGACAGAGGCUCCUAUGAUCAUCUGCUCGUGUGGUGGGCUCCAGCAUGGGCUUCUUGAGACAGAUCCAGCUUUUGCUCUGGAAGAAUUGGACCCUGAGAAAAAGGCAAAAGAUUCGCCUUGUGGUAGAACUCGUAUGGCCUUUAUCUUUAUUUCUGAUCUUGAUCUGGUUAAGGAAUGUCAACCCACUCUACAGGCAACAUGAAUGCCAUUUUCCCAACAAGGCGAUGCCCUCAGCAGGAAUGUUGCCAUGGCUCCAGGGGAUUUUCUGCAAUGUGAACAAUCCUUGUUUUCAAAAUCCCACCCCAGGAGAAUCGCCAGGAAUUGUGUCAAACUAUAACAACUCCAUUUUGGCGAGGGUCUAUCGAGAUUUUCAAGAACUCCUCAUGGAUGCACCAGAGAGCCAACCCCUUGGCCAUGUUUGGACAGACCUCCAGACCUUGUCCCAACUCAUCAACACCUUCCGGACUCACCCUGAGAGAAUCGCAGGAAGAGGAAUACGAAUUCGGGACAUUCUAAAAGAUGAAGAAACACUGACCCUAUUUCUCAUGAAAAACAUUGGCUUGUCUGACUCAGUUGUCCACCUUCUGAUCAACUCCCAAGUCCGUCCAGAACAGUUUGCUCAUGGAGUCCCAGAUCUGUUGCUGAAAGACAUUGCCUGCAGUGAGGCCCUCCUAGAGCGCUUUGUAAUCUUCAGCCAGCGCCGCGGAGCACAGGCAGUGCGUGAGGCCAUAUGCUCCCUCUCCCAGGGCACCCUACAGUGGAUGGAAGACACUCUGUAUGCCAAUGUGGACUUCCUGAAGCUCUUCCGGGUGCUUCCCACACUCCUGGACAGUAGUUCUCCAGGUAUCAAUCUGAGAUCCUGGGGAAGAAUAAUAUCUGAUAUGUCAACAAGAAUUCAAGAGUUCAUCCAUCGACCAAGUGUUCAAGACUUGAGGUGGGCAACCAGGCCCCUCCUGCAGACUGGUGGUCCAGAGACCUUCACACAGCUGGUGGGCAUCCUGUCGGACCUCUUGUGUGGCUACCCAGAGGGAGGAGGCUCUCGGGUGUUCUCCUUCAACUGGUAUGAAGACAAUAACUACAAGGCCUUCCUGGGGAUUGACUCCACAAGGAAAGAUCCUAUCUAUUCUUAUGACAAGAGAACAACAAUCUUUUGUAACGCAUUGAUCCAGAGCCUGGAGUCAAACCCUCUAACCAAAAUAGCCUGGAGGGCAGCAAAGCCUUUGCUGAUGGGAAAAAUCCUCUUUACUCCAGAUUCCCCUGCAGCACGCAGGAUACUGAAGAAUGCCAACUCCACUUUUGAAGAGCUGGAGCGUGUUAGGAAAUUGGUCAAGACCUGGGAAGAAGUAGGGCCCCAGGACACCUUGGCGAACCCAGCAGUAAAAGCCUUUCUGAAAAGGCAGCUUGGUGAAGAAGGCAUUACUGCAGAUGCCAUGCUGGACUUCCUGAAUACGGGUCCUCGAGAGAGCAGGGCCAGCGACAUGGCCAGCUUUGACUGGAGGGACAUAUUUAACGUCACUGAUCGCACCCUACGCCUGGCUAAUAAAUACCUGGAGUGUUUGAUCCUGGAUAAGUUUGAAAGCUAUGAUGAUGAAAUUCAGCUCACCCAACGAGCCCUGUCUCUCCUGGAGGAAAACAGGUUCUGGGCUGGUGUGGUGUUUCCUGACAUGUACCCCUGGACCAGCUCCCUACCACCCCAUGUGAAGUACAAGAUCCGGAUGGAUAUAGAUGUGAUGGAGAAAACCAAUAAGAUCAAAGACAGGUACUGGGAUUCUGGUCCCAGAGCUGAUCCCGUGGAAGAUUUCCGAUACAUCUGGGGAGGGUUUGCCUAUUUGCAGGACAUGGUUGAACAGGGCAUCACAAGGAGUCAGGCUCAGGCUGAAGUUCCAGUUGGAAUCUAUCUCCAGCAGAUGCCUUACCCCUGCUUCGUGGAUGACUCUUUUAUGAUCAUUCUGAACCGCUGUUUCCCUAUCUUCAUGGUGUUGGCUUGGAUCUACUCUGUCUCCAUGACUGUAAAGAGCAUUGUCUUGGAGAAGGAGUUGAGACUGAAGGAGACCUUGAAAAAUCAGGGUGUUUCCAAUGCAGUGAUUUGGUGCACCUGGUUUUUGGACAGCUUCUCUAUCAUGUCAAUGAGCAUCUUCCUCCUAACCAUAUUCAUCACGCAUGGAAGAAUCCUUCAUUAUAGCAAUCCAUUCAUCCUCUUCCUGUUCCUGUUGGCUUUCUCCACUGCUACAAUCAUGCAGUGCUUCCUGCUCAGCACCUUCUUUUCCAAAGCCAGCCUUGCAGCAGCCUGCAGUGGUGUCAUCUACUUCACCCUCUACCUGCCGCACAUUCUCUGCUUUGCCUGGCAGGAUCAAAUGACAGCUGACCUGAAGAUGGCUGUGAGCCUGCUGUCUCCUGUGGCGUUGGGAUUUGGCACUGAGUACCUGGUUCGCUUUGAGGAGCAAGGCCUGGGGCUGCAGUGGAGCAAUAUCGGGAAGAGUCCCAUGGAAGGGGAUGAUUUCAGUUUCCUGAUGUCGGUGAAGAUGAUGCUCCUUGAUGCUGCUCUCUAUGGCCUGCUUGCCUGGUACCUUGACCAGGUGUUUCCAGGGGACUAUGGCACCCCACUUCCUUGGUACUUUCUUCUACAAGAGUCCUAUUGGCUUGGUGGUGAAGGGUGUUCAACCAGAGAAGAACGAGCCCUGGAAAGGACUGAACCCAUAACAGAGGAAAUGGAGGACCCGGAGCACCCAGAAGGAAUGAAUGACUCCUUCUUCGAACAUGAGCUUCCAGGCUUGGUCCCUGGGGUAUGUGUAAAGAAUCUGGUAAAGAUCUUUGAACCUUAUAGUAGGCCGGCUGUAGACCGUCUUAACAUUAGCUUCUACGAGAACCAGAUCACCGCAUUGCUGGGCCACAAUGGAGCAGGGAAAACCACCACCUUGUCUGUCCUGACGGGUCUGCUGCCCCCUACAUCAGGGACAGUGCUCAUUGGGGGAAAGGACAUUGAGACCAGCCUGAAUGCAGUCCGGCAGAGCCUCGGCAUGUGCCCACAGCACAACAUACUGUUCCAUCACCUCACAGUGGCUGAGCACAUCCUGUUCUAUGCUCAGCUGAAAGGCAAGUCCUGGGAGGAGGCUCGGCUGCAGAUGGAAGCUGUGUUGGAGGACACAGGCCUCCACCACAAGAGGAACGAAGAAGCUCAGGAUCUAUCAGGUGGCAUGCAGAGAAAGUUGUCUGUCGCCAUUGCCUUUGUGGGAGAUGCUAAGGUGGUUGUUCUGGAUGAGCCCACCUCUGGGGUGGACCCCUACUCGAGACGCUCAAUCUGGGACAUGCUCCUAAAGUAUCGCUCAGGCAGAACCAUCAUCAUGUCGACUCACCACAUGGAUGAGGCUGACCUCCUUGGGGACCGCAUCGCCAUCAUUUCCCAGGGACGGCUCUACUGCUCGGGCACCCCGCUCUUCCUGAAGAACUGCUUUGGCACGGGCUUCUACUUAAGGCUGGUGCGCAAGAUGAAGGACAUCCAGAGCCAAAGGAGAGGCUGUGAGGGGACCUGCAGCUGCACCACUAACGGUUUCUCGGUGAGGUGUCCAGCCCAUGUAGAUGAGCUAAUUCCAGAGCAAGUCUUGGAUGGGGAUGUGAAUGAGCUGAUAGAUAUGGUUCACCACCAUGUCCCUGAGGCAAAACUAGUGGAAUGCAUUGGUCAGGAACUUAUCUUCCUUCUUCCAAAUAAGAAUUUCAAGCAGAGAGCAUAUGCCAGCCUUUUCAGAGAGCUGGAGGAGACGCUGGCUGACAUGGGGCUCAGCAGUUUCGGAAUUUCUGACACUCCCCUGGAAGAGAUUUUUCUGAAGGUCACGGGGGAUUCUGACUCAGGAACUCUGUUUGCUGGUGGCACUCAGCAGAACAAAGACAACGUCAGCCUCCGACACUCCUGUUUGGGUCCUCGGGAGAAGGCCAGCGAGCACCCCCGGGGCUCCGCCAGGGAGCCGGCCGCUCACCAGGAGGGCCAGCCCUCCCCACACGGGCGCGGCCAGCGGCUCCACACGGGCGCGCGGCUCCUCGUCCAGCACGUGCAGGCGCUGCUGGUGAAGCGCUUCCACCACACCGCCCGCAGCCGCAAGGACUUCCUGGCCCAGAUUGUGCUUCCAGCCACUUUUGUGUUUUGGGCUCUGAUGCUUUCCAUCAUCAUCCCUCCAUUUGGUGAAUAUCCCGCCUUGACCCUUCACCCCUGGAUAUAUGGGCAGCAGUACACCUUCUUCAGCAUGGACCAGCCAGGCAGUGAGCAGCUCGCGGCACUUGCAGAUGUCCUCCUGAACAAGCCUGGCUUUGGCAACCGCUGCCUGAAGGAAGAGUGGCUUCUGGAGUACCCCUGUGGCAAUUCAACCCCCUGGAAGACUCCUUCCGUGUCCCCAAAUGUCACCCACCUGUUCCAGAAGCAGAAUUGGACGGCAGACAACCCCUCGCCUUCCUGCAGGUGCAGCAGCCGGGAGAAGCUCACCAUGCUCCCUGAGUGCCCUGAGGGCGCAGGGGGGCUCCCACCCCCACAGAGAACCCAGCGCAGCACUGAGAUCCUACAAGACCUCACGGGCAGGAACGUCUCGGACUUCUUGGUGAAAACGUAUCCUGCUCUUAUACGAAGCAGCUUAAAAAGCAAAUUCUGGGUCAACGAACAGAGAUAUGGAGGCAUUUCCAUCGGAGGAAAGCUGCCAGGCCUCCCCAUCACUGGGGAAGCACUUAUUGGAUUUUUAAGCGACCUUGGCCAGAUAAUGAAUGUGAGCGGGGGCCCCAUGACCAGAGAGGCCUCUAAAGAAAUGUCUGCGUUCCUUAAACAUCUAGAAACUGAAGACAACAUUAAGGUGUGGUUUAACAACAAGGGCUGGCAUGCCCUGGUCAGCUUUCUCAACGUGGCCCACAACGCUGUCCUACGGGCCAGCCUGCAUGGGGACAGGGACCCAGAGGAGUACGGCAUCACCGUCAUAAGCCAGCCCCUGAACCUGACGAAGGAGCAGCUCUCUGAGAUCACAGUGCUGACCUCUUCGGUGGAUGCUAUGGUUGCCAUCUGCGUGAUUUUUGCCAUGUCCUUCGUCCCAGCCAGCUUCGUCCUUUAUUUGAUCCAGGAGAGGGUGAAGAAAGCCAAGCACCUCCAGUUUGUCAGUGGAGUGAGCCCCACCACCUACUGGCUCACCAACUUCCUCUGGGACAUGAUGAAUUACACUGUGAGCGUGGCACUGGUGGUGGGCAUCUUCAUGGGGUUUCAGAAGAAAGCCUAUACUUCUCCAAACAAUCUUCCUGCCCUUGUUGCACUACUCAUGCUGUAUGGAUGGGCAGUCAUCCCCAUGAUGUACCCCGCAUCCUUCCUGUUUGAUGUCCCCAGCACAGCCUACGUGGCCUUGUCUUGUGCCAAUUUGUUCAUCGGUGUCAACAGCAGUGCCAUCACCUUCAUCCUGGACUUGUUUGAGGACAACAAGACGCUGCUCAGGUUCAAUGCCAUGCUGAGGAAGCUGCUCGUUAUCUUCCCCCACUUCUGCCUGGGCCGUGGCCUCAUUGACCUGGCGCUGAGCCAGGCCGUGACAGACGUCUAUGCCCGUUUUGGUGAGGAGCACUCUUCGAAUCCAUUCCAGUGGGAGCUGAUUGGGAAGAACCUGGCGGCCAUGGCGGUGGAAGGGGUGGUGUACCUUCUCCUGACCCUGCUCUUCCAGCACCACUUCUUCCUCACCCGCUGGAUCGCCGUGACCACUAAGGAGCCCAUCAUAGAUGAAGAUGAUGAUGUGGCUGAAGAAAGACAAAGAAUUCUUAGUGGGGGAAACAAAACUGAUAUUUUAAGCCUUAAUGAACUGACCAAGAUUUAUUCCAGCACCUCUAGCCCAGCAGUGGACAGGCUGUGCGUUGGAGUCCGCCCUGGAGAGUGCUUUGGCCUCCUGGGAGUGAAUGGAGCUGGCAAAACAACCACAUUCAGGAUGCUCACUGGGGACACCACGGUGACCUCAGGCGAUGCCACUGUAGGAGGCAAGAGCAUUUUAACCAAUAUUUCUGACGUCCAUCAAAGUAUGGGCUACUGUCCUCAGUCUGAUGCAGUUGAUGACCUGCUCACGGGUCGAGAGAAUCUUUAUCUUUAUGCCCGGCUUCGAGGUGUACCAGGAGAAGAAAUCGAGAGGGUGGCAAACUGGAGUAUUCAGAGCCUGGGCCUGUCUCUUUAUGCAGACUGCCUGGCUGGCACCUACAGUGGAGGCAACAAGCGGAAACUCUCCACAGCCAUUGCGCUUAUAGGCUGCCCACCACUGGUGCUGCUGGAUGAGCCCACCACAGGCAUGGACCCCCAGGCGCGGCGCAUGUUGUGGAACACCAUCGUGAGCAUCAUCAGAGAAGGGAGAGCUGUGGUCCUCACAUCCCACAGCAUGGAAGAAUGUGAGGCCCUGUGCACUCGGCUGGCCAUCAUGGUGAAGGGUGCCUUUCAAUGUCUGGGCACCAUUCAGCACCUCAAGUACAAGUUUGGAGAUGGCUACAUUGUCACGAUGAAAAUCAAAUCCCCAAAGGAUGACUUGCUUCCUGACCUGAAUCCCGUGGAGCAGUUCUUCCAGGGGAAUUUCCCAGGCAGUGUGCAGAGGGAGAGACACUACAACAUGCUCCAGUUUCAGGUCUCCUCCUCCUCCCUGGCCAGGAUCUUCCAGCUGCUCAUCUCCCACAAGGACAGCCUGCUCAUCGAGGAGUACUCGGUCACACAGACCACGCUGGACCAGGUAUUUGUGAACUUUGCUAAACAGCAGACUGAAACCCACGACCUCCCUUUACACCCUCGAGCUGCUGGAGUCAGUUGACAAGCCAAGGUCUGAUAUGCCCUGGUGCUCCUCACUGCAGCUGGAAAGGAGCUCUGGGCUGCUGGAAGUGCAGGAGGGCUCGCCAGAUGGUCAUCUGAUCAGCAGCCAGCCUAAGUAAUCCCUGGGCAGCAGAACACAUGCAUGUGCUGCAUAACAAACUCCAAAGGGGACUCUUUCAGAAGCAAACCAAAACUGACCUGCUUACCUGGAACAUCUGAUGGCAAAACUGACCCAGCCAAACAUAUACAACACCUUUCUCAUCCAGACCACAGAAGUAGAAAUUAUACCAGUAGAAGGCGCAUCCUACUAGUAGCUUGGACUUCAAUAUUGCUCUAGUUUCAAGUGGAUCUGCUUUUCUCUGCAUGUAUAUAUGUGUAUUAUUUUUAAGGAGAAAAUAAAACGUAAAUGUACUGAUCACAAACUA